AUGUCAUGGUAUUCUAAAAUUUAUAUAUUUGAACGAAAAUAUCGCAAAAAGCAUCCCGUAACGGGAUUUCUUCUAAAAAUGGCGAUGAAUGCACCCCUUAUUAUGAACUUUAUUAUAAUGGCUUAUUCAUAUUAUGUGUACAUUUGGCUUAUUUGCCUUACUUGUUUAACAAGUUCCAUUCAAAUUACGAUAUACCUUAUUAUCUUUCAUGCAAUCCUAUUUAUGAUGUUUUGGUCUUUAAUACGAUCUCUUAUCACUUCAACUGCGAGAGUUCCAAACGAUUACUUCGUAAUGAUUUUUCAUUUCGAAAGGCUUUUUACUCAUCGAAACAUGAAAUCCAAUCCAAUCCAAUUUCAAAUUGAAUUUCAUGUCGAUGAAGAAGUCGAUAGAAAAUUGAAGGAAAUAACGCCAAUGAAGGACGGCAAAUAUCAACCGGACGAAUCAUCGGUCGAUCAGAUACGAGAACAGAAAAAAAUCCUCGAAGAUUUUGCGAAAUCGAGGAAAUUGAUGCUCUUCGAAGUCGACAAAUAUAAUCGCCUAAGAUAUUGCUAUAUAUGUCGCUUAAUUAAACCAGAUCGUAGCCAUCACUGUUCAUCCUGUGGUUUCUGUGUUCUAAAAUUUGAUCAUCAUUGUCCUUGGAUAAAUAAAUGCAUCUCUAAUAGCAAUUAUAAAUAUUUUCUUCUUUAUCUGUUUUAUGGAUGUUGUUUAAUUAUUUGGAUAUUCCUGUCAAGUAGUGAAUGCUUGAUUCGAUAUUUUAUCAGUGAAAUUGCAAUAAGUUUAUUGGAAAUCACUAUGAUCAUUCUUCUGAUGUUGAUUUGUAUUGUAUUUGGAUUUUAUCCAUUUGGAGAGUUAAUGAUAUAUCAUAUAAGCGGUAAUGCAAAUGCCGAUUACAAUAUUGGUAUAUAUGAAAAUUUUUAUGCAGCACUUGGUUGGGGGUUUUGGGGAAUACCAAUAAAUACUUCAGUAUCUAAUGGUUUAAAAUUUCCUCUUCGUUAUAGAUAA